AUGCCCAUCCCUCAGCCUCCACAUAGUGCUGGUCGCCCGUUCCCAGGGCUCCGCUCGCGAAUUGACCCCUCUCAAAUCCCAUCACCAGUAACAUCAUGGCAAACAGACCAAGCAACAUGGGAUAAAGGAGCAUUCAUGACUUGCGCGUCGCCUCAGACUAUCCCUAUUUCAAGCUCGGAAUAUGUUGCAGUCGAUCAAGGAAAUUCUGCACCACGAUUUAUCCGGCUCUCGACUUAUUCGAUGCCAUUCUCUCAUGACCUAGCUUCUGGAUGUCACCUACCAGUUGCAGCAAUGAUCCAACCCUUUGCACAGCAGCCAGACAACGAAGCGCCGGUUCCAGUUGUGGACUUUGGAGAAGCUGGACCACCCAGAUGCCAAAAAUGGAUCUGCAACUUGUGCCAGGAAACGACAGAAGUUCCGCUGGAAUAUUUUGCAACUUUGGAGGCUUCCGGUCAGCGUGUGGACCAUGAAUCCCGACCUGAAUUAAACCACGGUACUAUCGAUUUUAUUGUGCCUAAAGAAUACUGGGCGCAGCCUCCCCCUCCACGUCUAUUGUCUUCCAACAACGAUCCCGUCGCAUCUCCAUCCAGAACCACAUUCCUUCCGAACUUGCAACAACCCCCUCCACCUAGUAGGAAGCCGGAAUCCUUGCAUAUACUCUUUGGAAUAGAUGUUAGCGCGGAAUCAGUCACCUCGGGUCUCGCACAUGCAAUCUGUACUAUUCUUAGGCACACUAUCUUCGCGAAUCCAGAUGUCUCAUCGAAAAACAUAGGUAUCGUAGCAUAUGAUGCCAAAUCGGUAUACUUUUUUGAUCUAUCUCCAAACUUAUCUCAACCAAAGAUGCUCGUUGUUUCAGAUAUGGAAAGCAUGUUUGUACCACUUCGAACGGGGUUAUUUGUCGAUCCGUAUUUAUCCAGGAAUCUGAUUGAAGGGCUAUUGGACAUGAUCCCCACAUAUUUUAUAUCAGCUAUCUCAGGUGGAGCUGCCUUGGGAGCUGUUGUACAGGCCGGUCUCUCUGCGCUCUUGCCUACAGGAGGUGAAAUACUCUUAUUUCAACGUUCCCAUCCUUCAGACCUACCCGAGAGGUCCAAACCCGACCAAGAAUUAGCUAGCACGGACAAAGAGAGAACCCUGUUCGUUCCAGGAUCUCUGAAAUGGACAGAACUCGCGGAGGAAUGUGCAGAAGCUGGUAUCGCUGUGAACACAUGGCUCUUCCCAAGUCAAUUUGCUGACGUUGCUACAAUAAACGCGUUAUCACUAAAGACAGGAGGUGAUAUUUAUUUCCACCCUCGGUUUUUACCUGAGCGUGAUCAAGCUGUGGUUGGCUCAGAAGUCUCGAGAGUUUUAACUCGACCAAUGGGGUACAAUUGCACUAUGCGCGUACGAUGUUCCACUGGUCUCUCGGUGUCAACAAACUUGGGUGCAUUCCACCAAAUGUCACCUUCGGAUUUGACCAUCGCUAGCAGUCAUGCAGAUAAUAGUGUACUCGUCACGUUUACUCAUUCCGGGCGCCUAGAUGAUCGCCGAGAAGCGCAUAUACAGAGUGCAACUUUAUACACCAGUCGUACGGGAGAGCGUCGGGUUCGCGUUCUCAAUAUCGCAGUUCAAGUCAGUACGCUAGCCGCCAACAUCUUUAAGAACGCAGAUCUGGAGGUUUGCAAAGAAGCUUUACAGAUGAUGUCCCAAAGAUCACUUACAGAAAUUCGAGAUAGCAUUAGCGAAAAAUGCGCAGCCCUCUUACUUGCUUACAGGCGUAAUUGUGCUGCUUCGACUUCACCAACGCAGCUUAUCCUUCCUGAAGCAUUCAAAACACUACCUGUCUAUGUACUUGGACUUCUCAAGUCCCGACCCCUGAAAGGCAGCAACGUUAUCACCGACGUACGCAACUAUCAUGCAGAACGGCUGAUCUCGAUUAGUACUUCAGCAACUAUGCGAUAUCUUUACCCCCGGAUGACCGCAAUUCAUGAUCUGUCGCCAAACGUCGGGUUUCCUUCCGAACAAACUGGGCGCUUAGUUCUCCCAUCACCCAUGCCUAGCUCUUACACUCACAUGGAGCCUCAUGGUGUUUAUAUGAUUGAAAACGGAGAAGAUAUGUAUAUCUGGGUUGGAGAUGGUGUAUCCCCACAAAUUCUACUCGAUCUUUUCAACGUCGAGAACUGGGAUGAGAUUGGGCCACGCACGGCAAGUUUAUCUGGUACAACUGAUUUCAAACUUGCUUAUUCUGUUCGCAACCUUAUCACCCAUGGUAAUCUGUUGCGUGGACGAGCGUUACCGUUGCAUGUCGUUCGCCAAAACAUGGAUGGAGCGGAGAUCGAGUUCAGCAAUCUCCUUGUCGAAGACACGAACAACGACGCAAUGUCAUAUGUGGACUAUUUAUGCUACGAGCAUAAACAAAUCAACCAGGCGCUUGUCAAUGGCACUAACAUUGGGUCCAACGGGUGGCGUAUACCGUGGUGA